AUGCAAGCCAAGGUGGCCGACUUUGGGCUGCUCAAGCUGCUCACUCAUGGCGACUCCGAUGCCACACGAGUGGUAGGCACUCCGGGCUAUGUGGACCCCGACUACAACCGCACCAGCUUUAUCACUGCUAAGAGUGAUGUCUUCAGCUUUGAAAUAGUUCUUCUCGAGUUGUUGACAGGAAAGGCACCUCGAGAUCUCCUUGGUCUUCCUAUCAAAGACUGGGUGAUGAAGAAGGUGGAGGCGCACGAGUUAUGCCAAGUUAAUGCACGAAAUGACUUGUUCCUCUACUCUUGCUGUCUUGCACAAUGA